CAGUGCGGGGGUGGAGGGCGGAGGAGAUAGAUAGCACGCUUGCGCGGCUGUCACAGGGCUGCUUGGUUGGUCAGUAGGGAGUCAGCGCCUGCGUACUAAGACCCGUGUGCAGCAGCGGCGGCGGCGGUAGAGGCGGCGGCGGCGGCGGCGACGGCGGUAGCGGCGGCGGCAGCGGCAGCGGGCUCGGAGGCAGCGGUUGGGCUCGCGGCGAGCGGACGGGGUCGGGUCAGUGCGUUCGCGCGAGUUGGAAUCGAAGCCUCUUAAAAUGGCAGAUGAUUUGGACUUCGAGACAGGAGAUGCAGGGGCCUCAGCCACCUUCCCAAUGCAGUGCUCAGCAUUACGUAAGAAUGGCUUUGUGGUGCUUAAAGGACGACCAUGUAAGAUCGUGGAGAUGUCUACCUCCAAGACUGGCAAGCACGGCCACGCCAAGGUCCACCUGGUUGGUAUUGACAUCUUUACUGGGAAGAAAUAUGAAGAUAUCUGCCCGUCAACUCAUAAUAUGGAUGUCCCCAACAUCAAAAGGAAUGAUUUUCAGCUGAUUGGAAUCCAGGAUGGGUAUCUAUCACUGCUCCAGGACAGUGGGGAGGUGCGAGAGGACCUACGUCUGCCUGAGGGAGACCUUGGCAAAGAGAUUGAGCAGAAGUACGACUGUGGAGAAGAGAUCCUGAUCACGGUGCUGUCUGCCAUGACAGAGGAAGCAGCUGUUGCAAUCAAGGCCAUGGCAAAAUAACUGGCUCCCAGGGUGGCAGUGGUGGCAGCAGUGAUCCUCGAGCCUGCAGAGGCCCCUUCCCCCAGCCUGGCUCAGCUCUGGCCCGGCCGUUGGCUGGACUCCUACAAUUUAUUUGACGUUUUAUUUUGGUUUUCCCCACCCCCUCAAUCUGUCGGGGAGCCCCUGCCCCUCACCCUGCUCCCUUGGCCAAAAGUUCAGUGAACCAUGGCCUUGGUGAAGCUGCCCUACUCUUCUCCCCUCGCACUACAGCCCUGGUGGGGGAGAGGGAGUGGGUGCUGCUUGUGGUUUAGUUGGUUUUUUUUUUUUUUUUUUUUUAAUUCAACCUGGAAUCAGAAAGCUGUGGAUCUGGCAAGUGGUCCUUAUGUCCUUCUCCCACUCAUCCCUGGUCUUGUUCCCAAUACUCUACCCCAGCACCACCCACAGACUGGGGACCAGCCCCCUCCCCUGCCUAUGUCUCUCUCCCCAAAUCCCUUUAGGUGGGGAGGAAAGAAGAGAGGGGAGGGGACCUGCCCCCUCCUCAGGCAUCUGGGAGGGCCGUGCCCCCAUGGGCUUCACCCUUUCCUGCGGGCUCUCUCCCCGACACAUUUGUUAAAAUCAAACCUGAAUAAAACUACAAGUUUAAUAUGAAGCCCCCAA